AUGAGCGAAAGAGAAACAAAAUCAACAUCUCAAAUCGAACAGGUCGAGAUGGUGGGCCCUAGCGGGUGGAGCCUUCAAAAUGUCCUCCCCAAAACCGACAAAGCAUGGUAUAGACACCGGCACCUUCUUCUACUCAAUCUGGGAAUGAUAGUCCCAUAUUUGUCCUCGACCACCAAUGGCUAUGAUGGCUCUAUGCUGAACGGCCUGCAAUCCAUGAGUCAGUGGCAGCAUUUCUUCGAUUCUCCAACGGGCACUCGACUUGGAUCGCUGUCCAACGGCGUGAUCUUCGGGCAGAUCCUGGCCUUUCCAAUUGCUCCGUGGCUGUGCGACCAUACCGGUCGCCGGUUUCCAAUUUUUAUCGGGUCACUUCUCCUCGUGAUAGGAGCGAUUCUUCAGUGCGCCGCUCAGAAUUAUGCCAUGUUCCUGGUGUCUCGCAUGAUCAUCGGGUUCGGAGGCUUGAUUGCGGUUGAAGCCUCUCCGAUGUUAGUCAGUGAGCUCGCUUUUCCAACCCACCGGUCUGUUCUGGUAGGAUACUACAACAACUUGUGGUACCUGGGAGCAAUGCUCGCUGCUUGGGUCACCUAUGGAACUUACUUUAUGGGACCGAACGCAUCGUGGGCGUGGCGUAUUCCGUCGCUUCUGCAAGGGUUUUUCCCGCUUGUGCAGGUUAUUUGCGUCUACCUGCUGCCCGAAUCUCCACGGUACCUGGUACAACAGGAUCGAUAUGAUGAUGCGCGACAAGUGUUGGUAAAAUACCACGCAGGUGGAGACGAGGAUUCGCCUCUGGUCGAAUUUGAGAUGAAAGAAAUCAUCUUGCAAAUCCAGACUGCCAAAGGGGCCUCGAAAAUGGGGUAUCGAGAGUUUCUCGCCACACGCGGUAAUCUGCAUCGUUUGUUCAUCAUCAUUUUGGUACCCUGCAUGAUGCAGCUGUCCGGCAACGGGUUGAUCGCAUACUACCUGCAUCUCAUUCUCAACUCGAUCGGGUUUACUUCGGACCCACAGCAGCUCCGAAUCAAUGGCGGUCUCACUGUGUUUAAUCUUGGAGUCUCGAUCGCACUAGCUUCUCUGAUGGAAGUGGCCGGCCGACGACGAUUAUUUCUAUUUUCGACGAUUGGGAUGUUGACCUGUUACGUGAUCUGGACGAUUCUGUCAGCAAUCAACCAACAAAGAGGAUUCAAUGAUAGUUCUCUAGGCACCGGGGUGAUCGUGAUGAUCUUUUUCUACCAGUUCUUCUAUAACGCAGGUCUUAAUGGCCCGCCCUGGGUCUAUGUGACCGAAGUUCUCCCAACCCACCUUCGCGCCAAGGGAACCAAUAUCAUGCAGAUCGCAUCAACCUGUGUGCUGAUCUUCAAUGGAUAUGCCAACCCGGUAGCAAUGGAUGCCAUCAGCUGGAAAUAUUACAUUGUCUAUUGCUGUGUGAUUGCGGUUGAGAUUGUUCUUGUUUACUUUGGUUUCCCUGAAACCAAGGGUCACAGUUUGGAGGAAGUGGCGCUCAUUUUUGACGGUGAAAAAGCAUUUGGGGAGAAUCCAAAGCAGGAAAGACUGGAGGAAGUUUGA